GCGAGCGCCGCUGGCGGAGCUGUGGCCGGUCACGUGGCUCGCCAAGCGUUUCCUCCCUUGUGAAAGGAGUAACCACAACGGCUUCGCAGAGUUGUAGAAGGGGCCCAAAGAUCUAGGAGGUGCAAAUGCGCCGUUAGGUAAUUCCGUCUGCGUACAAGCCGGGCCGCUGCGCGGGAGUGUUCCUGUCGCCGCGCGGUUUUAGGAUCGGAACUUCAGAGAGAGGCUUCGUGGGCGGCGGCCUCCAGGCGGACCUAGGCCGGGGCGAUCCCACCCAAACCUCGCCGGGCUGUGAACAUGGAGGAGGCGGCAGCAGGCCGCGCAUCGUGGGGCUUCGUGCGGCUGCUCCCCGUCCUGGUUCUGGGCCUGUGGAGCACGCUGCCCACCGCAGAUUUCCUGGAAGUAGAGAUGGCAGAGAAGCCUCAGAUUGUGUUCCUGAAUGACAACGCCACCAUCUUUUGCAAGGUCCCUGGUUCCCUACCCCUCGAUAUCAAGUAUAUGGGUAUCGUCUGGUAUCAGAAGAGUCGAGUGUCUAAAACAGAGAGCAAGCUGUUUGAGUUUUUCGGGGACCACCAAGAGGCAUUCCGACGUGGAGCCAUUGUGUCUCCACAGAGGCUGGAGAUGGGAGACGCCUCUCUGCAGCUGCCUGCGGUCCAGUUGAGUGAUGCGGGCGAGUACCGAUGUGAGGUGGUGGUCACCCCUGAGAAGGCAGAGGGAACAGUCCAGGUAGAGGUUUUGGCUCACCCCGUCAGCAGCUUGUUUCUGAAGCAAGCCAUGGUGAACAAUAAUGAAGACAAAGUUCUUUUGUGUAAGUCAAGUGGGUUCUACCCAGAGAACAUUAAUAUAACGUGGAAAAGGUGGACCCAGAAGGACCCCCAAUACUGGGAGGUUUCUGACAGCAUUAUCACUGGUCCCACUGUCAAGAAUGAGGAUGGUACCUAUAAUGUCACCAGCUCCUUGAUGCUGAAGCCCUCUCUGGAAGACAAUGUGGCCAUCUACCAGUGUGAAAUUUGGCACAUAUCUGUGACCAUCUCCCAGAAGCUCAACUUCACCCUGACUCUGAAAGAAUCCGAGAAGAUAACCCACUUGGAGAUCAUUGUUUCCUCUAUUGUAGCAAUCUUAACUGGAUUGAUUUUCUUAUCUUGGUGGCUUUGGAGAAGGUAAGGGCUCCAAGACAGAGUUUAGCUCUGUGCUGUGGUGUUGGCUCUGGGAGUUCAGGGGUCAUGGCCAGUGGAUGGGGUUGGGGAGUUCUCAGGGUUGAUGCUGUGGGAUUCCAAGUGUAGUGUGUGGUUUUUGCUGGUGCUGCGUUGGGAAGGACUUUCUCAUCUGAUCUCUGUGUGGUAGCUUGUGACUCUGGGGAGACGCACUGCAGAGCUCCUCUGCCUCUUCAUAAUAAUCAUCUCACUGUGAAUUGAACCUGACCUGAUUCGUUCAGAUGAGGCCUUUGAACUCUGUGUGGGCAGCAUUGUUGUUCUCACACAGAGAAGCCAUGGCUCAGAGAGGGGAAUUCUUUCCUCCAGGUGCUCAGAUUUUGUUCAUAGCUCAAUGGAAUAACUUACCACCAGAUUUCACUGGCUUCAUCAAGAAUUUCUAACCCUCACCCUCAACCCUCAUGUUCCCAAACUAAAAUAUGUUUCCAAAUAUCCUUAUCCCUGACUCUGGCCCAAAGAGCCAUUAAAAACACUCAAGCUGUAGAGGCCGGAGACCAGUGUAAAUGUGUUGGUUAAAAUGGUUCUAGACAAUAAAAUUGCCCUCAGCUAUUUAUAGGCCUGCCAUGGCAGAAUAUGUGCAGUAGCUAAGACCUCUCAUUAUAAAAGCUUUAGGAAAAGCAGAAUAAUCAAUUAAUCAAGAAAAAAGGCUGUUUGUUUGUCUAAAGUUGGCCAACUGAUUCAUGGGACUUAUUCUCCUGAUUGGACCUAGGCCAAUGAGAAAACUGGAUAUAAAGUGGUUUUCAAGUGUUUCUGGUGAUAUUUGUGAAUGUUCUCUUUUUUCUUGCCUUCCUCUGGCUUCUGAUAUCCAGGUGCUGUUGUGUGACAUUUGGCAACGAUAUUUGUUGAAAAAGACACUAAAGCCUUCAUGGUCAGCCUGGGUUCUGUGGUUUGUAAUGAUGGCUCCAAUCCUUCAGCCUUCUCUGUGUCUGUGUCCUCUGCCAUGUAACUUUGCGGUGUUCUCCAACUUGGGGCUGCCCCUUGGGCUCAACCUUGUGACUCGCUUUGACCAAUAGAAUGAGACUGGAGUAAAAGCGUGCCAGUUCCAAGCCUAGGCCUCAAGAAGCACUGUGCGUUUCCAUGUGCUCUCUUUUGCACUUCUGACGUUACUGAGAGGACAUGUCCAGGCUACCCUGCUGGAGGAUGAGAGACAUUGGACGCUACAACUAAUUGCUCUGGUGGAGGCCAGUCUGGGUCAGAUGACAGCCACCCAAUUCCCAGACACGUGAGCAAAUCUAGCUGAGAUUAUCAGUGCUGACAAAGCCAACUCUCAAAUGUGUGAGAAAUACUUAUUUUU